AUGUUUACUACUGCUACUUUAAAUAAAUUAUCUUUUCAUCGUUCAGCAGAUAAUAAUAAUAAUACUACUAUAGCAUCAAUUCAACAAAGAAGAGUGGCAUUAAAUAAACGACCUCCUCUUUUACGUUCAGCAUCACCUACUUUAUGUACUGGAAAUAAUGGUCUUCAUCGUACAUCAUCUAAUGCAAGUAUAAAUAGUAAUUCAUCAAGUAAUCGUAUCGUUUUAUCAUCAUCAUCAUCAACUAGACAUCAUAAACCAAAAAAAUCAGUUCGUUUCUGUGAUAAUGCAUCUCUUGAAAGUGUUCGCUUAUUCCUAAAAUCACAAAUGCCUAAAGCAUGUCGUUCAGAUCCUAUCUGUCCUAAACAUUAUACUUAUCGACUUCGACUUCCUAAUUGGUCUUCAAAUGGUGGUGGCCGUAGUGGUACAAAUAAUGGUAGAAUCGGUAAUGCAGUUCGUAUGGAAUCCAUUCAACUUGAUAAGCCAUCUCAAAAGUCAACUGUAACUUUAAUGGGCACUGUUCAAGUUGCUAACUUGGCGUUUGAGAAACAUGUUCUCAUACGUUAUACUCUAGAUGAUUGGGCUACAUUUCAAGAAGUGGAAGCUAAUUAUCAAGAACCAAUUGCUCAUAGUGCUGAUACCUGGGAUCGUUUUUGUUUCACGAUUGAAUUAUAUGCACCACAGCAUCAUACCCACAAGACAUUAUAUCUAGCUGUACAUUAUGCAGUGGCAGGUCGUGAUUUCUGGGAUAAUAAUGAUCAUAAAAAUUAUGAAAUUGAUAUCGUACCUGAUGUUCAACUUCAAUUACCUUCAAAUGAGUUUACUUUUUCUUCCUCAGACGACGACGACGAUGAUGAUGAUGAUGAAAAUACGUUUGAAAUUGAUGAUGAAGAAGAAGAAGCACAGCCUAUGAUGGUCCAAGAUAAACAAGUUGAUUUACUUGAAAAUCAAUUAAAGCCUUUAUCACUUAAAGAUGAUGCAUCAAAGACUAUUUUAUUUCAUCCAGAACAAAGGCAACAAUCCAUUAUAAAUACAAAUGGUUCACCAAAUUGGCCAUCAUCACCUCUUUCACCAACUACUCCAGCAGAUACAAGUCCAUUAUGGAUUGGAACACUUUUACCGACCUCCUCCCCUUCUUCUACUUCUUCAUCAUCAUCGUCUUCUUCUAUAACUACCGCUGCUGGUCCUACCACUUAUUUUAUGAAUCAAAAAAAAGAAAAUACAACAAGUCAUCCAGACGUCAUGACUUCACCAACUAGUCAUCAAUUUCAUGCCUUAAUUUCUAAUUAUUGUUUCUAUAGUGGUGGUCCUAAUCGAACAUCUGUUUAUUCUUAUCAUUCCAGUCCUCCUCGUUGUCCGUCUUCUCCAACACCAAGAGUUGUUUUAAGCUAA